CAGGACCGCUGGCGCUGGCACCAGCUGAGGAGCUGGCGGUGGAGGCGGCGGCGGCCGAGGUGGCCGGGAGCGAGCUGUGCUGCAGGUGUUGGGCCGGGAAGAAGGGGAGCUACAGCAGCCCCCGGCCCUGCACUGAAGGCACUUCUGCUGCUAUCCACCCUUCCCCACUUUCUGGAGAUGGCGGGUGAAAUCACCGACACUGGAGAGCUCUAUUCUCCCUAUGUUGGGCUGGUGUACAUGUUUAACCUCAUCGUGGGCACUGGCGCGCUCACCAUGCCCAAAGCCUUCGCCACUGCUGGGUGGCUUGUGAGCCUCAUCCUGCUGGUGUUCCUGGGCUUCAUGAGCUUUGUAACGACCACCUUUGUGAUGGAGGCUAUGGCCGCAGCCAACGCACAGCUCCGCUGGAAGAGGAUGGAAACCCACAAGGAGGAAGAUGACGAGGACUCCUCCACGGCCUCGGACAGUGAUGUCCUUAGCCAGGACAACUAUGAGCGGGCAGAGAAACGGCCCAUCCUGUCUGUGCAGAGACGUGCAUCUCCCAACCUUUUUGAAAUCACAGACCGUGUGGAGAUGGGACAGAUGGCCUCUAUGUUCUUCAAUAAAGUGGGGGUCAACUUAUUCUAUUUCUGCAUCAUCAUUUACCUGUACGGGGACCUGGCCAUCUAUGCCGCAGCUGUGCCCUUCUCCCUCAUGCAGGUGACGUGCAGUGCUGCUGGAAAUGACUCGUGUGACGUGGAGAAAGACACCAAAUCCAACGACACUGAUCUGUGCUGGGGGCCCCUGCGCAGAAUAGACGCCUACCGCAUCUACCUGGCUGUCUUCACACUCUUCCUUGGACCAUUCACCUUCUUUGACGUCCAGAAGACCAAGUACCUGCAGAUCCUGACCUCCCUGAUGAGAUGGAUUGCCUUUGCCAUCAUGAUCGUUCUGGCCCUGGUCCGCAUCGGGAAGGGGCAAGGAGAGGGGCACCCGCCCCUGGCCGACCUCUCCGGGGUGCGGAACCUCUUCGGAGUGUGCGUCUACUCCUUCAUGUGCCAGCACUCCCUGCCGUCCCUCAUCACGCCCGUCUCCUCCAAACGCCACCUCACGCGCCUCGUGUUCCUGGACUACGUGCUGAUCCUCGCCUUCUACGGGCUCCUCUCCUUCACGGCCAUCUUCUGCUUCCGUGGCGACAGCUUCCAGGACAUGUACACCCUCAACUUCGCCCGCUGCGACGUGGUGAGGCUGGCCGCCGUCCGCUUCUUCCUGGGCCUCUUUCCUGUCUUCACCAUCAGCACCAACUUCCCCAUCAUCGCCGUGACCCUGCGCAACAACUGGAAGACGCUCUUCCACCGGGAGGGCGGCGCCUACCCGUGGGUGGUGGACCGCGUGGUGUUCCCCACCAUCACCCUGGCGCCCCCCGUGCUGGUGGCCUUCUGCACCCACGAUCUGGAGUCCCUGGUGGGCAUCACCGGAGCCUACGCGGGCACCGGCAUCCAGUACGUGAUCCCCGCCUUCCUGGUGUACCACUGCCGCAAGGACACCCAGCUGGCCUUCGGCUACGGGACGGUCAACAGGCACCGGUCCCCGUUCCGCCACACCUUCUGGGUGGGCUUCGUGCUGCUCUGGGCCUUCUCCUGCUUCUUCUUUGUCACAGCCAACAUUGUCCUCAGUGAGACGAAGCUCUGAUGGCAGCGGGGCUGGGACCUCAGCCCUGGCCUUCCCCACCACCAAGCAAGAUGCCAUGGCCAUCUGGCUCAUUCCACGAUGGUCCCCUGCCCACCCAGGACUCUCCCGGUCUGUGUCCUCGGUCUCGCCCAGCGGGGCAGCACCUGGCUGCUCCUAGGUUGCAGGAUGCACCCCCCCGCCCCACUCCACCCCACCAUUCGAGGCAGGCUCCUCUGUGGUGGAGACGCAGUGCGGGCACUGCUGCUAUUUAUGCCAGCCUCGGUGUUCCCUCCCCGCUCCCUCUUGCGUCCUUGUCUGUACUCGAGUAGCCGCUGCCUCUCAAAGCCCAGGCUCUGGCCAUCCUAACGUGGCCUGCCGGGAACCGCCAGGGCCCAGCUGCCUGCCAGGCCCGAGAGUGGCUAAAUGCUGCUCCUGGGGGAGGGCCUGGCGCACCCCGGGGACAAGAACAGGAAGUGCUAAUUGGCCUCAGAAUUUCUAGACUAGAGCUGUGAGGGCCCUUGCUGUGGGUGCCAACUCGGGGACAGCAGGCCAUGGACUGUGCCUUCCGCGGGGCACCCCGCAGCCCGUAAGCUGGCUUAACGCCCUUGGCUUGUGACCCCCGAGCGGAACUCCCUGCUCCCUGGCCACCCCACAAUGGGGAGUCCUUGGGACCUCCCACAGUAAGGAGCUGCCCCCCCCCCCGUGGCAUAGUGCCCUGGGCACCUGUAGAAGAUCAGCCCAGAUUGCCUCACCGCUGCACCCCAACACUAAAGGGGCACCCCCACGGACUUGCCUGUGGGUGCUCACUGUCCACACUGCCUCGGGCUGCUGUGAGAUAGGAGGAGGCCAGUCCCUCCUUCCCUCCCCCCCCCGCCCCUCCCCCACCGUCUCCCUCCCAAUCAUGCAUGCACCUGCCUCCCGAGCACAGGUGACAGGUGAAGAACAAACUCCGCAUUUGCCAUGUGCCUUCUGCUUCGGCCCUGGGGGUGGGGAGCCACCUCUGGGGAGUUUGGGGGCCCUCCGGUGCCCGGUCCUCCUCUUGAUUUCAGUGCCUUGUUCCCCACGCCUGAGGAAAACCACCUUCCCCUUCCACCUCACGUCUCACCUCACACUUAAAGCUGGGGCAGUGCCACGAGGCUGGGUGCCCCCCCCCCACCUUGGGAAUAAGGGGAGCUGCAAAGACCAGAAUCCGCAGGCAGCGCCCCCACCUCCCACCUCUGCCUUCAACAUCCACACCUCGAAGAGACCCCGGGGCGCGAUCGGCCGCAGCCCGCCUCACCGUGUCACCUUUGCAGUCCCCACCACUGUCCCCCCAAAAGGUCAUUUCCCAUCCAUGUGGAAAACACACGCACCCGCCAUUACCCCAUCUUCCCAGGAGGCCCUGCCCUGCUCUGGUCCAAGCUAGGUGGGCGCCGCCGCGGCAAGCAAGAGUAAUGAAGCCAUGCUCGCCCUCCCCCUGUGCCCAGGCCCUCCCUGAAGCUGCUCCACGGUGUGCUGAGAACUCAAUUAAAACAUCUGUACUUACCCUUCUCCAAUUAUGCUCUAUCUUGCUUAAGGACAAAGCAAAUUAAAUCAUCCCGCCACCCCUCGCUCCUAACCAAAUUUUGGAAUCAAGAUGAUUAGCAUCAUAAAGCCCAGCUUGAUGGAUGUGACAAUCUGGAGCCACCUACAGCGGCCUGGCCCAGCCAUGGCCGUGCAUGCUCGUGCGCGUGCACGCACCUUUCCCUCCACCUGCCAGCAGAGCUCGGAGCAGCACGGGCCACUGUUUGGUUCCUGUGCUCCUCAGUCUCCAUCUGUCUUGCCAGAGGUCAGAUGAGGUCAGACACCUUCCUCCCCAGGUCAGGUGGGUUAGGGGACACGGGGAAGAAGACCCCCACAAUACGACCCACUUGCUUUCUGUGUGUUCAAAGCAGUCAGCUGCACAUGGGUACGUGAACUUGGUGACGUGGCUGGGGAGGUCUUGGCUCCCUUUGCAGGGAGUCCCUGGGGGUCAGUGUGGAAAGGACAAGAAGCGUCACCAUGGAGGAGGUCUUAAAUAUCAUCAGCUGCCACUGUCCACAGCAGGGACCGGCCUCGGGGCAGGCCCGGCCAAGGUGGGAGUAAAGGCUCUGUGCCUGCCUCAGCGGGAAGCACCAGACCUACCUGAGCAUCAGAACCCGGUGCCAGCGGCUCCGGCUGCACCUCCCCUGACACCAGGAGAUGGGGCAGAUGGCGGCUGAUGGGCUGGGAGGCGCAGGCACCAGGCCAGGUCAGGCCGCACAACUGUGCUCACUACAGGAGGCCAACAGCGGCCUCAGCAACAGGCAGAAGCUAAUGUCAAGAGCGCGGGAUGCAUGCUGCUACUGCUGCCUCAUGGGAAACUGGGGGCGGGGGGGUCAAGUGGCUGGCAGUGCCCAAGUCCUGGGGACAAGAAAGGCCCAGAUUUCAACCUGUCCCAGGGGUCAGAGGCCCAAGCAAGACAGACAAGCCAAGAGCCACUGAAAAUAGCUCCAAGAUCCUGGGCCACAAGUAGGCGCUGCCACUGCUUCUCAGCCCCUGGGGCCUUGGGCACACGAGGAAAUGUUUGUAAGGGCUGCUGUGUAGCAGGUACGGUGUUGGGUGCUUUGUGUGAGCAUCUGGCGAUCAGGCCUGAGAGGCCAAAGCCUCUGCGGUCUCUUUCUCUGCAAAGCACCUAGUGCUGGACAAUCAGACCAUAAAAGACUGAGCUCAGUGCCUGGCACAAGUGUGCAAUAAAGCUGCUGUUUACCAA